AUGGCACACCCCCUGCCAGCAAUGCCGCUGGCGUUGCCACGGGAUGUCGCCAGCAACGCUUGCAAGACCAUCAAGCCCAUCACCGAGUCGGCCAAGCUGGGAGACCUCAGCAAGUUCGGCAGCCUCGGGGUCUCGAAUGUGGACACCAACAGCGACUGUCUGGAAAUCCCUGCCAGCAGGCAGACUUCCCAGAUGACGUCUUCGGACGCUUACUCGCUGGAGGAGCACGGCAUGGAGAUGCAGAAGGACGAGGUCAUGUCGAUCGUCCAAAACGUGGUCAAGAGCAGCGUGCACGCAGUCUCCUUGAUGGACCCCACGGAUCCCAACGGGCGCCUGCUCGCAGUGUCGGAGUCGCUCCAGGUGAUCACGGGAUACAACGAGGCGGAGUUGUUGCGGGCGCCUCCCCAACUCCUCACCGCGGGUUGCGAGCACGAGACGGAUCCGGAGAUGCAGGCUGCCAUAAGGAACGCGCACCUGGGUGGAAGCCCACUUCUCGCCCGGGCGGCAUGUCGGCACAAGCAGGGCUGGCUCUUCUGGAGUACGAUGCACAUCCGCGGCCUGAUGGUUGCUGUCGACCCGGUCUCCGAAGAGCCGAUGUGGUUCGUAUUGACCAUCUACUCCAGCUCGGAAGGACCCUCCGACGAGAACGAGCAGGAGUCCCGCGACGCCCGGCGCAAGCUGCAGGUCGUGCGCGAGCUGUGGGGGGCCAGCGAGGAGCUUCGCGCCGAGAUCCACGACGAGCUCGCCCGAUGCGCUGACGGAGCCCAUCUCCUGGCGGGGUCCGAGGCAGACCCCUCACGGGGCUUCGCCGGAGUGUUGUGGAGUCGUUGGGCCGGGCUGGACCUCGCUGGGCCGGGCAGGGCUUUGUUGGUCGGAGUCCGAGGCGGACGUGUCGCUGCCCACGCCGCCAAGGGCUGCUUCGGGGGCAGCGACCAGUGCACCGUUCUCAAGGGGUCACGCUGGUGCUGA